AGAAGGGUAAAGUACAUUUAAAUGCUCCAUUUAGCUUUCGCUUUUUAAGGCAUUCAGAUACCUUUCUCUAUAACCUUCACCAGUAGAUGUAUUUAAUUUGCAAGAGAAUAUAUUCUUAGGCAUUAUUAUGUUGCUAUAAAUUUAAGCAUGCUAAUUAAGAAGAGCUUAAGAUCGAGUUGUUCAUUUAACUUAACAUCAUCUGAAUUUAAUACUUGAGAUCAUCAAAGCUCCGAGUUUGUUUAGUUCAUCUGUUUGAGAUAUGGCAAGGUGUAGCAAAGUUGUCGCACAGAUGAUCAUUGCUCGACUAAGGGAAGCCAGGAAACCUGGUCAUCAACACCGCUACAUGAGUCGCUUGUCUGUCGUACGUGCAGCAGAAUAUGAGUAUAUAUAUCAAGAGGCUGAAACUGAAAAGGAACAUAUCGAUAUCAAAGAUGAGUACUAUGAAGAUCAAGAUAUAUGUAGUAGUAAUAAGAAGGGAAACGUGAUGAUGGAAACGAACUGGGUUCCACACCCACGUACUGGUAUAUACUUUCCUGAAGGACAUGAAUGGGUAAUGAAAGAUGUUUCCGAGGAUGCAAGCUCAUUAGGACAAUCACAAAGUUAUUGGCUAAGGAACAUUGAUGGAGUUGAAAGUCAUCACCCUGAUAUUCAUUCCGCUGAUGAUUACUUCCUUACUCCUAAUCACUAGACUUAAGAAUUAACUUAUAUUAAUUGACUGAAAUAUUGUGUAUUUGUACUUUAUUUAUGUUGCAACUGACUAUUUGACUAUUUUAGGGCUAAUCACAUUAAUAUUGUACUAGUAAUAAUGUUCAAUAGCUACUAAAUUAGCCUUAUAGAGUAUUUCUUAGCAAAAAUAACUUUAUGAUUUUAUAUAAGAUUUUCUGUCCAUGGUUUAUCAUAUUUAUUUAUUUAUUUA